UCUUCCCUUCAAUAUUGAGUCGAGUUGAAACAGAAACAGAGCCUUGUUCUGCAAACGAUGGUGCCCUGUUUUAUAUCUUCUUCAACGGCCAAAACAAUCUCUAAAAUCCCACUUCAGUUGUCAAGAUUUAGACCCUUUUCCCACAUACCCUUCUCUGAUUAUACCAAACAAAGUUUCACAUAUGAUCACAAAAACUCUGCUUUCACCCACCAACAAUCCCCAGCAGAAAUGGAAAAGAGCAUAUACAUAAUGCUGACUCUAGACCGCUGGGACUCACUAAACCACAUGGAAUACAGAUUAGCUUCACUGAGGCCAGUCCAUGGGAGGCUAACUUUGAAAUUCCUCAACUGGGUCAUUAAGCAACCUGGUUUGGAACUCAAUCACCUUACUCAUAUACUCUCCAUCUCUACUCAUGUACUUGUGAGAGCUAGAAUGUAUGAGGCUGCUAAGUCAAUUUUAAGGCAUCUUUCUAAACUGGGUGUUGGUUCAAAAUCUGUUUUUGAUGCUUUAAUGAACACUUACCCACUUUGCAAGUCCAACCCUUCAGUUUUUGACCUUUUGAUUAGGGUUUAUUUGAGAGAAGGAAUGGUUAUUGAUGCUUUAGAGACUUUUUAUUUGAUGGGUUUUAGAAGGUUUAACCCUUCUGUUUAUACGUGUAAUAUGCUGCUUGGUUCAGUGGUAAAGGAACGGAGGGUUGGGUCGGUUUGGUCUUUUUUUAUGGAAAUGCUAGCUAGGAGGAUUUGUCCAAAUGUUGCUACUUUUAAUAUAUUGAUUAAUGUUUUGUGUGUCGAAGGGAAGCUUAAGGAAGCUGGUUAUCUUUUAAGAAAGAUGGAAGGGAGUGGUUAUGUUCCAACUAUAGUUACUUAUAAUACUAUUCUUAAUUGGUGUUGCAAGAAGGGGCGAUAUAAAGCAGCCUCUGAUUUGAUUGAUAGAAUGGAAUCUAAGGGUAUUGAAGCAGAUGUCUGCACAUAUAAUAUGCUCAUUGAUGAUUUGUGUAAAAACAACAGAAGUGCAAAAGGGUAUUUACUGUUGAAAAAGAUGAGAAAGAGGAUGAUAGCUCCUAAUGAAUUCACUUAUAAUACUCUAAUUAAUGGACUUAUGAAAGAAGGAAAGAUUGGAGGUGCUACUCGAGUUUUUAAUGAGAUGCUGAUGCUUAACCUUUCACCAAACCGUGUUACUUACAAUAUUUUGAUUGAUGGGCAUUGUGAUUGUGGUAAUUUUGAGCAAGCUUUGAGGCUUUUGGAUGUGAUGGAAGCAAAGGGACUAAGGCCUGAUGAAGUUACUUAUGGGGCUAUUUUAAGUGGGUUGUCCAAGCUUGCGAAAUUUGAUGUAGCCAAAAGCCUUAUGGAGAGAAUAAGAAUGGGUGGGAUGGUUGUUGGCUACAGAGCAUACACAGCCAUGAUUGAUGGGUUAUGCAAACAUGGAUUGCUUGAUGAGUCUUUGCAAUUGCUUUAUAUGAUGUUCAAGGAUGGUGUAAGUCCAGAUAUUAUUACAUUUUCUGUGCUCAUAAAUGGAUUUUGCAAAGCAGGAAAAAUAAAAAAUGCAAAGGAAGUGAUAUGUAAAAUGUUUAAAGCUGGACUUGCACCAAACUAUGUCAUAUACGCUACUUUAAUUUACAAUUCCUGCAAAAAGGGUGAUAUCACAGAAGCAUUCAGGAACUAUGCAACAAUGAUUCGCACUGGCCAUGAUGUGGACUAUUUCAUCUGUAAUGUGCUGGUUUCUUCUCUUUGUAGAGCUGGAAGGGUAGCAGAGGCAGAGGAUUUUAUGCGUCAUAUGAGCACAAUUGAUCUUGCCCCUAACUCCAUCACUUUUGAUUGUAUUAUAAAUGGCUAUGGAAUUUUGGGUGAUGCCCUGAAAGCAUUCUCAAUGUUUGAUGAGAUGAUUAAAUUAGGUCAUUACCCUAGUCAUUUCACAUAUGGUAGUCUGCUUAAAGGGCUAUGCAAGGGUGGAAAUUUGAGGGAGGCAAAGAAAUUACUGUAUAAACUUCACCAUAUUCCUGCUGCCGUGGACACUAAUAUCUACAAUACAAUUCUCACUGAGACAUGUAAAUGGGGGAAGUUGUCAGAUGCAGUGGCUCUUUUUGAUGAAAUGGUCCAAUUUAAUGUGCUGCCUGAUAGUCACACAUAUGCUAUCAUUCUUGCUGGGUUAAGUAGGAAAGGCAAAAUGGUGCCUGCUCUUCUUUUCUUUGAAAAAGCACUGGCAAGAGGAACUCUGUCCCCAAAUAAGGUCAUGUACACUAGCUUGUUUGAUGGUUUGUUCAAGGUUGGUCAAUCAAAUGCUGCUUCAUAUAUUUAUGAAGAGAUGGAGCACAAAGGCAUAAACCCAGAUACUAUUGCAAUUAAUGCAGUACUAGAUGGAUACUCAAGGAUGGGGAAAAUGGAAAAGGUUGAUAAGCUCUGCAUAAAGAUGCAGAGUCGUAGUCUGACCCCUAGCUUGGCUACAUAUAAUAUUCUCUUGCAUGGGUAUUCAAAGAAAAAGGAUUUGUUGAAAUGCUCUAAAUUCUACAACAUCAUGACAAGGAUGGGUAUUUCACCUGAUAAAUUAACUUGCCAUUCUAUCAUUCUUGGGCUUUGCAAGUCUGGUAUGCUGGACGUUGGUUUUAAAAUGUUAAAGAAGAUGAUCUUGGAAGAUACUUCAGUUGAUCAACUUACACUUAACAUGCUCAUCACGAAUUCAUGUGAAACUGAUAAAAUGGGAAAGGCAUUUGAUCUGUUGAAUAUUAUGAAUUUACUUGGAAUUAUUCCUGAUGUAAAUACUUACAAUGCCAUCUUUACUGGACUGAACAGAGCCUCUGCUCUCCGAGAAUCUCAUCUUCUUCUGCAUGACAUGUUGGAGAGGGGUAUUACUCCUACAAGCAAACAGUACAUUUCUUUAAUUAAUGGUAUGUGUAGAAUGGGGGAUGUACAAGGAGCAUUCAGGCUAAAAGAUGAAAUGGAAGCAAUUGGUGUCAGUUCCUGGGAUGUUGCUGAGAGUGCUAUGGUAAGAGGGCUUGCCCAGUGUGGGAAGGUUGAAGAAGCCAUGCUGGUUCUUGAUUGCAUGCUUCAGAAGCAGCUCAUUCCAACUGUCGCUACUUUUACAACUCUAAUGCACAUGCUCUGCAAGAAAGCUAAACUGUCUGAGGCUUUAAAGUUGAGGGGUAAAAUGGUGCUUUGUGGGGUGAAACUCGAUGUUGUUGCAUACAAUGUUCUCAUAGCAGGCCUUUGUGCUGAUGGUGAUGCUUUGGCUGCAUUUAAACUGUAUGAAGAGAUGAAAGAAAGGGGCCUCUGGCCCAACACCACAACCUAUUGCACUCUCAUUGAUGCUAUUUCCACCAAUGGGGUUAGUCUUGUAAAGAGUGAAAUUCUUUUGAAGGAUUUGCAGGAGAGGGGAAUGAUAUCCUGGAAUUUUAAUGGAAGCAUAGAUGAGGGUUUGAUAACUGCCAUGAAGAAUUUGAAGUCCUUGAGGCACAACAGAAGGAAAUGAUGCAAAAAUCUAGAGGAGUAGCAAUGUGAUUGGGUUGGGAAACGAGGAUUUAAGCCGCUUUAUGGAGAGCAGAAGAGGCUGGAAUGAACCUCCAUUAUCUAUCAGUUGUGCUACUCAUUAUUGGUGAAAUACAUUGGUCACACUCAGAUAUAAUGGUAGUCACAUAAUAAAUAUCCUUUAAGAGAAGCUCUUAAACUAUGCCUUGACAUGUGGAAUGUGGUGCCUUUUAGAGAUUGGGGGCGUUGGUCUUAAUGUUUGAGGCUUUUAGCAAUGCCAACUUGAAUGCAGGUGCUGUGCAAGUCCAUUCUUUAUUUGUACUAGUGUCUUCUUGUCUCAUGUUUUCUUUAAUAACCAAGGCCUCAAAAGUUUCAUUCUUGACCUUUCUACUCCUAAUAGUUCUCUUAUUAGCAGGUUCUUGUAGCACAACAUGCCACUGGAAUUUAUUGAAAAUGUUCUUGAUUAAUUAGUUGCCGGGAGGUGCGUUCUCAAAGUUUCCAGUCUCUACCUUUCUACACCUAAUAUUUCUCUUAUUAGCAGGUGCUGGAAAUUGGAACUGGCAGGAUCAACUUGAAAAUGCUCUCGUGUGGUUUAUUAGACAGUUGACAGGGUGAGGGAGAAGAAAGAUUGCUAGCGUAUCUUGAGCAAUUUGAGAAACUGGUGGGCAUAUUAAAGCAUAGAAUGUAAUUUCUCAAAAAAUAAAAAGAAGAAGACGAGGAGGAGGAGGUUAGAAUGUUACAAGUGUUCAUCCAACCAUGGUCAAUAUAUAUCUUCUCUCUUAGGUUGUAGCCAGCUGCAUAGAAUGACUCACCCAAAUUUUAAACGAUAGUUUAGUUUUUCUUAAAAUGAUCCCGUAGAGUAAGUAGGCGGCUGGUUCAUGCUUGUUAUCUAUUAUCAGGGGAACAAAAUUGAAGUUGAGGGUGGAGCCAUGUCCUCCCUGCAUGUGGGUGUCAUUAGUAACUCUCUGGCACAUGCAGAAUAUCCAGCAUAAAUUAGCAGGUCAGGAUUUUCUAAUUAGCACGGCCAUGUGGCCUGCAAAUCAUAUCAGGAUUGGUGAUCUAUGCCACGGCAAUAACCAACCAAUUUAUCCCAGGAAGAACAGCAAAGGUGGAGGAAGCAGCAGUUUGCCAAGGAGAGAUGAGGUGUCUGAAUCAUUUUCUUCGAUUUGCACCAUAUAAUGGAAUCAUGAGGAGGAGAUUUUCAUAAAAAAAUUGUUGACAGGGUACACCUUUCAAUCAGGCAGAAUACAAGUAUUGUUACGGGCGUGGCAGACAGAAUCUAGCAAUAUCAAAAGGGAUGGAGUUGCUAUGAUUGACUUUGUUGACAUUAAUUGCACUGGUGUUGUUAAUUUGAAAGGUUCCAUAAGAAUGAGUAAGAGAAGAACAUCUACAGAGGGUUAUGCUUGAUAGGACUAGAAAGAGGAAAGCAACAGGGUGGCUCUGAAUAUGGAGAAAACUAUUAUUGUUGUUAAAUAAAUUAAAAGCAUAUCCCCAAAAACACCUAACUUAGAAUUGUUUAUCAGAUCUAUAGAUCACAGUUCACAUUCUGAUGGGAAGAAAUAUACGUUGGAAGUAUCUAUGGAUUAUCACUGAGCACCAUGAAAUCCUUCUUUUUUGUCUUUGUAUUUGUUUCACUUAUUCAAAAUUGCUUUAAUUAAUAAUUAUUUUGUGUUU